AUGUGCUAUCGAAAUCGUACGGAAGCGAAGGACCUCCCUGUUCAGUGGGAGUGGCGUGCAAAUCCAGACCAAUGGAUUCCUUACGACUUGGCCUCCGCAAGCGAGCUGGAAGACGCCUAUCAACAAAAUAAACCUGUCUGUAAACCCGCGAAAGGAUAUUUUUCUGCUAUAUCUUAUAGAUACGAGGUUCAUUUCAACUAUGCGACUAGGCGUUUUGUUCAAUAUAACUUGUCGACUGGUGGUACUAGACGAGUCAGAAGGAUGGCAAAUGAUGAUAAUUCAAUUUUACAGCCAGUAGCUUUCAGUGAACUGAACCAGGAUGAUACUUGUGCCAUUUGCUUGGAUACUUUCGCGGAUCCGAGUACUACCGCUGCCGAUCAACACGCGGCGAAGUUGCCUGCUUGCCAUGGGCACUAUUUCCAUCGCUGUUGUGUUGCAGCUGUAAUCAAACUACGGGAUGAAUGCCCGAUGUGCAAGAAAAAAGUUGAAUAUUGA